UGCACUUUACCGACGAGCAUCUCUGCCGCCCUGCUUCACUACAGUAAUCACUGCCUCCCGGAUCUGUGAAAAUACACAGGGACUUCUGUGGAAAGAGAGAGAGAGAGAAAGAGAGAGAGAGAGAGUGGGAAAGAAAAAGGCAGAGUUCAUCAAUGUAACUCCGGUCAGUCCGAAACUGCGCCGUUUACCUGGAUAAGUCCAUCCCGACGAGAGCAGAGACACAUAGAAGAAGAAAGACAGAGACAGACGCGAGUGGAGGGUCGACGUUGAAUUUGCAAAGGAAAAAAAAAAAGAAAAAGAGAAGAAUAUGAUUGUCAAGCAGCACUUGAUUUUCCUCCUGUACAGCCUCUGUGCGAGCAUCUUUAAAGUGGCUGGGACAAAAAGCAAAGCGAAAGGUAGCCAAGGUCAGUUCCCCAUAACUCAGAAUGUGACGGUGGUGGAGGGGGGCACAGCCAACAUGACCUGUCGUGUGGAUUACAAUGAUAACACUUCCCUCCAGUGGUCAAACCCUGCACAACAGACCCUGUUCUUUGGGGACAAGAAAGCUCUGCGGGACAACAGAAUCGAGCUGGUGCGAGCCUCGUGGCAGGAGCUCACCAUCAGAAUUGGUGACGUCAGCCUGUCAGACGAGGGCCUGUACACCUGCUCGCUCUUCACCAUGCCUGUCAAGACCACCAAGGCCUUCCUCACCGUUCUAGGAGUGCCAACGCGACCAGAGAUAACGGGAUUCACCAGGCCUGCCAUGGAGGGGGAAGUCAUCACCCUGACGUGCACCACAUCGGGCAGCAAACCAGCGGCCAACAUCCGGUGGUUCCGAAAUGACAAGGAGGUCCAAGGCAGUAAGGAGGUGAAUGCCACGGGAAAGUCAUUCACGGUGAGAAGUAGCCUCCAGUUUCAAGUGGACAGACGUGAUGAUGGGGUCGCCUACACCUGCAGCGUCGAACACGUGUCUCUCUCCAACCCUUACAUGACGACCGAGGUCCUGGAGGUCCACUACGCUCCCCAUCUGGAGAUCACACAUUCACUGAUUAUUCCACAGGAAGGCCAGUACUUGAAACUGGAGUGUGUCUCCAUAGGAAACCCCAUACCUGAGCCGGUGUUCUGGUCUAAAGACGGAGGUGAGCUUCCAGACGUGGAGCGCAUGAUCGUGGAGGGCAGAGAACUUACCAUCACCACGCUAAACAAAACAGACAACGGCACAUACCGCUGUGAGGCCAGUAACCACCUGGGGACCGGCAGGGCCGAAUACAUCCUGUUUGUAUAUGGUGGGUACUUCGCCAAAGACUUUCCAGGCCCCACAACAGAUCCUAAUGCUUUAGGACAACACGGACCUGACCACGCUUUAAUCGGUGGCGUCGUUGCAGUCGUGGUCUUUAUCACCUUGUGUUUGAUAAUAGUUCUUGGACGAUAUCUGGCUAGACAUAAAGGGACGUAUCUAACGCACGAGGCCAAAGGAGCAGAGGACGCUCCCGACGCUGACACGGCCAUCAUCAAUGCUGAGGGAAACCACGUGCAUGCAGAGGAAAAGAAAGAGUACUUCAUUUAGACUUCGGUUACUCUUUUUUUUCCCCCUUCAUUUCAUAACAACCUUUGACAGCAGACAUGCAAUUUUUAUCUGCCUCAGCCUCACCACAUCUUCUGUUUUAUUCUUUUGUCUCCCUCUGAGAGCGCUUGAAUAUGCUUGUUUCUGCUGACAAAAUAGCUUUUCUCGCCUUUGGAAUCAGAAUGAACCAAGGCUAUGGUCCAUUUCAGUUUUACAGUGCCUAAAUGCUUUACUUUUUCUUUUUUUUUUUUUUACAAUUCUGUUAUCACUCGCGUUAAAACGGCAGCACUUUGCCUGAGGUCCUCCUGUUAAGCAUUUAGGAGCAGCGACAGAACAUUUAACGGACAGUACGUAUAUCGGGUUUCGUCACAGUCAAAAUGGAUGAGUAAACACCUAUGAAUGAGAAUAUAUGUAAAAAUCUGAAACCAUCUAGUAAAGGUUAAAUACUGAGAAGUACUGUACAGAACGCGCGCUUAAAACGGCCUCGUAUUUGCUUACAACCAUGUCGUAAAAAUUUAAUGAAUGUCAAUGUGUUCCUUAUAAACGAGGACCUAAAGUAAAGUGUUUCUCUAGUCUCUUUCUUUGUCUGUUUUGGAGAUUUGAUCAAAUAACGAAUCAAAAAAGCGAUGUGCUACAACUAUAGUCAAAUAUUAGCUUUUUUCUCUUCCAUUUAUCAAAUAUAAACAUUGUAUUUUUUUUUUUUUUUUUAAUUUAAAGAUUAAACAGCUUUCUUGAAUGUCACCUGGAGUUUUUCCCACCAUAGCCAUCCUGCAUAGGUUAAGAAAAAAAAAUUUAAAAAAUCACGAAUCGGAUUAGACGCUAACAAAACUCAACACAGAAGCACAAUCAAUACGAUUGUCUCCAGAUAAAUCAGCUCCCUCAUGGCACUGUCUGUAUAUUCUUGAUUUCUUGAUCUCUUUUUUUAAGUUCUUCAGUUUUGUUUUGUUUUUUCUGCUGUUCGUACCAACAGAGAACAAGUUAGAAAAUUAAAGCACAAAGUCUGAGGACUAACACGAAGGGAAAACACAUCAACUGCUUCUUGUCUCAGGAUUCAAUAUGAGUCUCGAUGGCGAAAUGGUGUCAGAUACGCGGUGAAGAUUUCCGUACAUUUGCAGUUACCGUCUCGAACGAAGAACUUUUCAUUUGCUGGUUUUGAUGUAAGAUCUGACCCGAGUGAGUGGAACCUUGUGGGGGUUCAUUAUUUAUGUUGACUUUUAUUAAACAACUAUGCUCAAUGUGAUCAUGCUGUAAAAUACUUUGCUAACGUGAAUUUGGUGAACAAUAUUGUUGAAUCUUGAGAUCCCUGACAUUACGAUUUGUAUAUUAGCAUAUACAGUAUUUAAAUCUUUUUUUGUUUUGUUUUGUUUUUGUUUUUAGUUCAUUUUAAAUAUACACCAGAUGUUGUUUUGCCGGAAGGCGUGUAAAUAAUGUGUAAGUAUUCAAUUUUAGUAAUAGUAAAAAUUUUGGUUAUGGCUUUUAAUUUUAGAUUCUAUCAAUUCCUGUCACUUUGAUGAAAUUGUUUUCAGACUUUUCAACUUCUUCAAACAGGGAUUCUAAUGAAUUGCUUAAAAAAUCAGAUCAGAAUAUAUGUAUUUAUUAUUAUGAUUGAUUGACAUUUAUUAUAUAAUACUAUAUUGAUUGAUAUUAUUGCUGUUAUUACUAAAGUAGUUGUCUGUCAUUAACUUUUUUCCAUUUUUUAAUUCUGUAACUUACCAUAAAAAGACAAUACAAGGAUCACCGUUAUGGCCUUUGAGUUUGCUGCAAACAGUAUUUAUGACAUGUUGAGGCAUUGGUGAAUCAGACAUCCCUCACUGUAUAUAGUCACUGUAUCAAAGACAUUGAUCCACAUUGCCAAUGCUCAUACAUGUUAUUUUGUUAGUCCAGUAUAAUGCUAUAAAUAACUCAUUUUGUAUAAAGUUGCUGUAAUUAAUUUGCUUUUUAUGGGGGAUGUGAGAGGUUUGCUUUUUUUUUUUUUUUUUUUCCCCAGUAUUGAAUAUUCAUUUUUCAACUAUGCCACUGUAAAAAU